CUCAGGAACCUUCCUGCUGUCCGCUGUUCUCACCCGGAGCUCUUAGACAGCAACACCAGCAGGACACUUCCGGCAGCCGUGGCGAAGAAGAUGAGCACCAGACAGGUGACUUGCAGGUAUUUCCUCCAUGGCGUCUGCAGGGAGGGCAGCCACUGCCUGUUCUCUCAUGACCUGAACAACAGCAAACCCUCCACCAUCUGCAAGUACUACCAGAGGGGGAUGUGCGCCUACGGAGAGCGCUGCAGGUACGACCACGUGAAACCGCCAUCCAGAGGAGGGGGCGGAGCUUCGGAGGACGUGGCAGGAGCGGGCAGAGAAGUCAGAGGUGAAGGGAAGAAGACGAUGGUCCUGAGGGACAGAGCUCUGGGCGGGGACCGCGCGUUCGGAGGUCCGUCAGACAGCCUGAAGGCGGCGGUACCGGAGGCAGCGGCUGCUCCGCAGUCCUACGUGGCUGCCAUCAGAACCGGGCUGGACGGGUCAGCUCCAGAAGCAGAGCCUCACGCUGUGGGCGGAGCCUAUCAGCUCUGCCCCUACGCCGCCGCCGGACACUGCUUCUACGAAGACAGCUGCACGUAUCUCCAUGGCGACCGGUGUGAUGUGUGCGGGCUGCAGGUGCUCCACCCCCAUGAUCCCGAGCAGAGGAGAGCUCACGAGAAGAUGUGUCUGCUGGCGUUCGAGGCCGACAUGGAGAAGGCGUUUGCCGCUCAGCUCAGCCAGAACAAGGUGUGCUCCAUCUGCAUGGAGGUGGUGGUCCAGAAGGCCGUCCCGGCGGAGCGCAGGUUCGGCAUCCUGUCCUCCUGCUGCCACACCUUCUGCCUCAGCUGCAUCAGACAGUGGCGUGGAACCAGGAACUUCUGCAACAAGAUCAUCAAAUCGUGUCCAGAAUGUCGGGUCAUCUCGGAGUUCGUCAUCCCGUCGGCGUACUGGGUGGAGGAUCAGGAAGAGAAGGAUCACCUGAUCGAGCUCUUUAAGUCUGGCGUCAGUAAGAAGGCCUGUAAGUACUUCGAUCAGGGCCGCGGAUCUUGUCCCUUCGGAGGGAACUGUCUGUAUCUUCACGCCUUCCCAGACGGAACGCGAGCGGAACCGGACCGGCCUCGCAAGCAGCUGAGCUCCGAGGGAAACGUCCGGUUCAUGAACAACGUCCGCCUGUGGGACUUCAUCGAGGAGCGCGAGCAGCGUGCGCCCCCGCCCCUGCCGACGCUGGAUGAUGACAUCACAGAGCUGCGAGAGCUCUUCAUGCAGAUGUCGGGGCCGAGCGGCGAGGAAGCCGAGGCCCCGCCCAACCCGGGGGAGUAAAAACAUGGCCGCCUCCUGCUGUCUCCAUGGUGACCUGUGUGUGGGAUUACAGCUCGUGACCUCUUCACAUAUUUUAUUUAUGCUGUAAAAAGUAAACGGAUUAAAGCUA